ACAUAUGCAUUGCAAAAUCCUUGGGAUAUUUUAUACUGUUUCGCAAUGCCAUUCGCUGAAAUGUAUACAAAUGCCUUGACAAAUUACCAGGAGCUGUCGCUUUUUUUUGCACUCGCUUACGAAAGCAUCAGUUUUGUGUCGUAUCCUGACGUAUAAUCCUCGUAUGAUUAUAUUUGAGAAGUUACCGAUCCGCACAAAUCUCUAUGAAACGUUCGCGUUUUUAGUUUUUAUACGCCUUACAAUUACAAUUCCCGACUGUUUUAACUCGUGCUGUGUGCAACGUCCGUUUAUCUUAGGGAUCAUCGAAAAACAAUCACAACGGCUCCAUUCAGCUCGCUUACUGAUGAACUUGUGAGCUUUUGCUGAGAUACAAUGUCGGACGAUAAUAUGCCGCAUAUCUCCUAUGGACUUGAUAGCCGUGGAAGGAUAGUGCGAAUCGAGUCAGGUAUAACCAGGGCCAACAUCAGACGUCUUCCGAGCAUAGAAGAGGCUUUAAGAAGACUAAGUACAAAUUUAAGAUCCGAUAGACAAACUACUGACCCUAACAAUGAAAUAUCUGAUUCUCAAGCUACGGCACAAAUAGCAUCGCUGGAAGAAGAUAGUUCUCAAAAUGCAUGGGAUGAUGUAACAGAUCAUGAACUAUCUGUUGAUAUCACCGAUGGGGCAUCUUCACCGAAUCAAAUUACAUCUAGUGUGCCAUCGUUGACUCCAGAAGAAGACAGGCGAUAUUGUUGGGUAUGUUUUGCAACUGAUGAAGAUGACGCAACUGCAGCGUGGGUUAAACCAUGCCAUUGCCGAGGCACUACAAAAUGGGUUCACCAGGGUUGUAUUCAGAGAUGGGUUGAUGAGAAGCAAAAGGGUCAUGCUGGACAUGCUGUAGCAUGCCCACAAUGCAAUACAGAAUAUAUUAUAGUUUAUCCAAACAUGGGUCCAUUAGUAGUAGUACUCGAUACGAUCGACACAGUUAUCUUCCGAGUAUGUCCUUUUAUUGCUGCUGGUAUUGUAGUUGGAUCUAUAUAUUGGACAGCUGUGACUUAUGGUGCGGUUACUGUUAUGCAAGUGGUGGGUCACAAGGACGGCCUUACUAUGAUGGAACAGGCUGAUCCUUUAGUUCUACUGGUUGGCUUGCCAACCAUUCCAAUUAUGUUAGUUUUGGGAAAAAUGCUUCGUUGGGAAGAUCAAGCCCUUAGUUUUUUGAGGAGGCAUGCAUCCAAAGUUCCUAUUUUAAGACAUUUUCUACCGAGCAGUUAUACUGACGAAGACACAAGUAUACAAUCUGAAGAUAUACCACCAAUGAAUGAUCCGGUAUCUGCAACGCGUGUUCUUUGUGGUGCACUUUUAUUGCCAACCAUUGCUAGUCUGUGUGGAAGGAUAUUCUUCGAAAGUAUAAGUUCCAAUUUUCAGAGAACAUUAUUGGGCGGUGCAGCCUUUAUAACAAUAAAAGGUGCAUUCAAGAUUUAUCAUAAACAACAACAAUACAAGAGACAAUGUCAGCGGCGUGUAAUGGAUUAUACAGAGAGCAACGUAGCAUUAUACAAAAGGCAACAAGAUUCCGAAAGUGAUCGAAGUUAAAUAAAAUAGUAACGAAUAUUUCAAUGUCGAUUAAUAUCAGUGAUGUUGACGAGUCACUUUUUCACGCAUACGCAUUGAAACGCUGGAAAAAUCUAAUAAUGUAUAUAGAGUGUAAAAGAGAUGUCCUAUAAUUUCGGCGGGAUUCGUCCAGAUCUGG